UUUGAGCCUCCGCAGCCCCCGUAGCACAGGCAAACGGAAGUGGGGUACCGCCACAGACCGGAAGUCGCUGUGUUGUUCCGCUUGAGAUCUACUUGCUGCCUCCGCCCGCCCGUGAGCUGGGAGCUGAUGUGACAGUCGCGGCAGGUCUGGCCCAGGGCACUUCGGAUGAUUGGGUGCUGCCUUUUCAUCUGCAAAGAUGGUAAUAAACCUUUGCCUCCCACAGUUCAAACCAAGAAUUCACUGCAACAAGAUCUCAGCAGAUGCUAUGAAGUUGAAAAUCUCAUCUCUGAAGACCUUGUAAAGAGAAACCGUGGCUUCCGCACUGAGUAUUUCAUUAAACCACCAAUCCAUGUGACUGUCUCCUUUCCCUUUAACGUGGAACUCAGCAGGAUUAAUGUGGACCUCACAGCAGGGGGAAUCCAAAAUAUCGUUAGUCUGGAAGUGUCCACGUCUACCUCAUCAGGUAAAACCUUUUGGAGCGUCUCGGAGUCUGAACCCUCGGUUUUGGAGCCUGAAAAAGAGGUUUUCACCUUGAUAGGGAGAAUCUUGCUGAAAAACCAGAGUCGAGCAACAUUCAUCCACAGGGGCUUCAAGGUCCGGCCACCGUUCCAUCUUUUGGAAAACAACAUCUUCACUCUUGGAUCUGCAGUUCAGGACCUUUGGAGUAAAGGCCCCUUCUCUCUCAGUCAUGUAUCCAAUUUAAAGAUCUGUAUCAACCAAAUCACUGGCAGUGGGAUCACUUGCAUUAAGAAGGUGGAAGUCUGGGGCCAACCAGCCAAAAGCUGCCCCCAAGAGGUCAUAGACAACGUCAUGCAGUUAGCCUCCCAGAGCCUUCCUCGAGGCUUGAAUUCCACAGCCCCCCAGCCUGCCUCAGCAUUGCCUAUGGAGAACGACUCUGAGCCUCGUGGCCAUGCCCAGAGCCAGCGGGCUCCAGGGCUUCGGGAACUGGCAGAUGGCAUCCAGGAUGUGCCCGAGGAAUUCCUGGACCCCAUCACUCUGGAGAUCAUGACCAUCCCCAUGCUGCUGCCCUCUGGCAAUGUCAUCGACCAGAGCACCUUGGAGAAAUGUAACAGGAGUGAAGCCGUCUGGGGCCGAGUGCCCAGUGACCCCUUCACAGGGGUGGCCUUCACUCCCCAGACCCAGCCAAUGCCCCAUACUUCUCUGAAGGCCAGGAUAGACUAUUUCCUGCUCCAGCACACUCCUCCUGGCUGCAACCUUCUGGGAAGAACCCAGGCUCCUGGGGUAGCAGUUCCCUCUUCCAUUGCAGUGGCUUCUCGGAAGAGAAGAGGGGAGUUCCUGGAGCAGAUGCCAAAUAACCCUCCUCGGGUUGAGCCGCCUCCCAAUUUUUUUACCACAGACCCACGAGUCCUAUCUUCUACCUCGGAGUACCACGCUAAGAAAAUGAAAUCCAACGCUGAACCAAGCCUGACACACAUGGAUUGCUCAUCAGGUACCACUUCCCAUGAACAGAGGUUAUCCAACAGCUUGGAUGCUGCCCUGACUUCGGCCCUCAGCUCUCUGCCAUCCUUCACCAGCCGUCAGACGAAGGCUCAGCCUCAGCUCAGCGCAGGGAGCUCCAGCAGCAGCUCUUGGAGUUCAAGCAUCAGUUCUGGACUGCCCUGGAGCAGCUCUGGUCCCUCGUGCAGCUCUUGUAGCAGAAUGUUCACAACCUUCUUCAGGAGCGAGCCUGCUUAUCAGCUUCCCUGUGGCCACCUGAUCUGUCGCACCUGCUUAGCUGAGAGGCAGAAGUCACCCUCUGUCCACUGCGUGAGCUGUAAGAAGGCUGCUGCCAACCAGGAUGUGCUGAGGGUGCACCUCUGAGCUGUGCUCCAUGGAGUCAGGAGCUGUCCGGGGGAGGAUGUGAGGAGGGGUGGGGGAAGGAGCCCAAGGGGAAUGCCUUCAGGGUGGCCCAGCCACCCUUGGUCAGUCUUGGUCAAUCACACUCUGGGUCAGUCUGCUAGGUGGGGUUGGGCUCAGAACCCAGCCUUCUGUCUCCAGGGACAUUGCCCAAAGGGCCAUCCCUCUGCAGCCCCCCUGAAGUGGUAAUAGGAGAGCCAAGCCAUAUGCUUCCAGGGCAGGAGUUGGUGAGAUGUUGGGGCCGUCCUUCCCACCCCCCACCUACAUCAUUCCCCAGGCCAGGCACCCUGAGGUCUGAGCCUUUGAGUCAAACCUUUAUCAGUUAUGGGCAUGCCUGGUCCUUCCUUCCAAGAUCCAUCCCUCUGACACAAGUAUCUGCUCUGUGGAAGUCUUCCUUUGGGUUGACUGAGAAGCCAAGGGCAGCCUGACUCCUUCCUCUCCCUGUCCCUCCCUCCCUCUCUCCUUCUCUUACUGGCCCCUUCGUCCAAAGUGAGAAAAGAGCUGGAGUUCCCAGUGGGCCAAGUUUGGCAGAAGUACCUAAGCACAUGGCCUCUGGAUGGUGGAGGAGCCAACUCUCCCAGGGAACAAAGUGGCAUCAAAUCAGGGGGAGGGUGGGAAGGGGUGGGAGGGGAACUGGGAAUUCUUUUGUGUGAACAAAU